AUGGACAAAGAUCCACCAGACAUGCUCUCCUCCUCCAGCUCCUCUGAUGAUGAUCUAGCCAACUACCGUCCUAGCCAGCGUAUAGCAGUGACUGGCCAAGUACUGGACACUGCUGCCACCCAAGACUACACAGCUGAACAAAUACAGGCAGCAGAUAGAAGGCAUGCCCGUCGCAAGCUCAGGGCAGAAGUCAAAAACUACAGGACUCUCCUCUCUUCCCUUACUGCACUCGAAAAGCAAGACACAGCCAGGCAUCUCCUUCAAUUCCACCUCGUAAAACGGCAAUUGCCACCAGAGAGACUCGUUGUGCUCAGUCAAGGCAAGCGUCAUCAUGUACGCCUCAACUGGACACGGUGGCCACUCCCAGCCGCCGAUCUCAACCUUGGGCCUGAUGACUUACAAGAAGAGUUGCGCGCACUUGUCGAGCGUGAGCACGCAAAGCAAGCAAUUCAAGCAGGUCUCGUCCCAUCAGAUGAAGAAAUCCCGGGCUCUGCGAUGAUAGUGGGACAACUGAGACGCUUUGUCCAAGACACAAUGCUCAAUGUCGCCAAGCAGGUUCAGUCACACACAAAACUCACGCAGCUCAAACGCAUGCAGCCGAAAACCUGGAAGACUGUGAUUGACUGCUUUCCUGUCAAGAAGCUUCCAGAGUCCGUGCACGAUGAAAUUGCUCAGCGCUGUCGACAGCUGUUUGGCACCACAGAAGAGACAGAUGAGGCCUCCUCUCUCGAUCUUUCCGACGAAGGAGGAUCCACGGAAUCAGCAAGAGCAGAGUCUGAGCAAAUGGACUCUGAUACCAGCCAUGCCAGCACAUCUUCAAGAGACUCAGACUCUGCAUCACAGUCUCGUGAAGAUGGCAGCGACAGGAGCUCACCAGCCACGCCGUGAAGUGUGGCGGUGCGAAUUUCGAAAAUUUUGGUCGCAAACGAAGAAUUCAACACAUUUGCAAUUGUCAACUUGCCUGUGCCCCAGGAUGUCUGUUGUCGGCUCUCUCAUCUUUUGUACAGGCUGCGGCACCCUCCUCGACCCGCCUACGUCCACGGCCUUGACCUGUACAGGCUGUGGUGCCUCCUUCCCAUCCGCUCAGUUCAAGAGCCUCUCUGUCACAACGCGCUCUGCUCCCGGCGCAUUCCCGUCCGUCCUCAAGCAGAAACGCAGUGUCGUGCAUGUGCCAGUACCCUCAACAGAUGAUCCGGAAGGACUCGGCGAGCAACAUGGUGGUAAUACAGAAGGAAGAGC